CGCGAAUCCUGCGAACUUUGCGCGAGUCGGUAAUAAAUAAUUCAGCCAGUUUUCGAUAUAUUUGAUAAUGUUCGGAUACAGAGAGUUUUAGCAGUGUUAUGGUUUGCAUUAAACGAUAUUCUCUAUUACUCGCUUCAACCAGUACGAAUUCUAAUUCACAAUGUCCAACUACUCCGUAUUAGUGCAAGAUGUAGUGAAGAGUUACGGCCACACUCAAAUAUUAAAGAAGCUCUGCAUGACAGUGGAAAAAGGCCAAAUAUACGGAUUACUCGGAUCCAGCGGGUGCGGCAAAACCACCUUAUUAAACGCCAUAGUGGGCAGGAAGAGGAUCGAAAGCGGGGAAAUAUGGGUGCUGGGCGGGAAACCCGGGGACCCUGCCAGUGGCGUUCCGGGACCGAAAGUCGGGUACAUGCCUCAAGAAAUAUCAUUAACACGCGAAUUCACUGUGAAGGACGCCAUAUUCUAUUUCGGCAGGAUAUACAACAUGAAAGAGAGCGACAUAAAAGCGAGGUAUAAAGAAUUACUCGAUCUGCUACACCUACCACCUGACGAUAGAUCGUUGAAAGACUGCAGCGGUGGUCAACAAAGGCGAGUAUCCUUCGCUGUGGCUCUCAUCCACCAACCUAAACUUCUUAUCCUGGACGAACCCACCGUAGGAAUCGAUCCCCUACUAAGGGAAAAAAUAUGGUCCUACCUAAUCGACAUCACCAAGCGAGAGAACCUCUCCGUGAUAAUAACGACGCAUUACAUCGAGGAGUGCAGGCAAGCCGAUAAGAUAGGCCUGAUGAGAGACGGGAGGCUCCUCACGGAAGAUUCCCCGGCCAAUCUCCUGCGAACCUUCAACACGGACACGCUGGAAGAGGUGUUCCUGAGCCUGUCGCGCCAGCAGGAGGCUGGAGUGUUGCCGGAGAAAUCGCAGGCGAUCGGCAGCUUUGUCGAGUCGAGUUUGCACGAUUCCGCUGCCAGCGUGCCGUCCGAUUGGCAAAGAUACUCUUCCACAGAAGGACUAACGAAGCAAUCGCGGGGAAAUUUCGGUUUUGUAAAUAAACGAAGAAUGAACGCUAUGUUUGAUAAAAACUUGAAGCAGUUUUACCGGAACGUGUUUGCAGUGUUGUUCCUGUUGCUGAUACCGGUCAUCGUGAUGCUCGUAACGAUUUACUCAAUAGGUUUAGAUAUGAAAAACAUCCCGAUAGGUAUCAUCAACGACGAGGAAAUGAGCGCCCAUUGUCCGGACUUUUCCCUAAAUGAUACUGUUCUGGUGGAUAAAUCCCACAGUUGCCAUUUCCACAAUCUUUCCUGCCGGUUUUUGAAAUACCACCUGGAUCACCCGAUGAUAAAAAAGGUGGAAUACGAUUCGAUCGAUACAGCAAUCGAUGACGUGACGCACGGAAAAUUAUACGGCAUCAUGUAUUUUGCAGAAAAUUAUUCCAGUUAUUUAGAGCAACGUUUACACGACGAUAUAUCCGCUUCGAACGAGGUACUGGAUUUGAGCACUAUAAAAGUGCGAUUAGACAUGUCCAACCAACAAAUCGGCAUCAGCGUGAAAAACAAGCUGACCACCCUGUACCUGGACUUUCAAAAAUCCCUGUUCAAAGACUGCAAAUUCGCGAAAGGCUUCGGGGAUUUACCGGUCCAGACCAAUUACGAAUACGGCUCGAUGGACGAACCCUACCAAAUAUUCAUGAUGCCUGGAAUAGUGAUUACAAUGACGUUCUUCUUCGGGUCCAUGAUGACCUCGCAAAUUCUGAUAACCGAGAAGCUGGAAGGCGUGUGGGAUAGGUCUAUAAUAGCGGGAGCGACGUCUUUAGAGCUGAUAAUAUCGCAUUUUUCCUUCCAAGCCUGCAUCGCCGUUAUCCAGUCGCUGGAAGUUAUAAUAUUGCUGUACGGGAUUUACCAAUACGAGUACGUCGGUAGUUUAUUCCUUGUCUACGCGCUGAUUUAUCUAGAAGGAAUAUGCGGAAUGGCGUUCGGUUUGUUCGUAUCGGCGAGUUGCUCCAACAUUUCAAUGGCCAGCAACGCCACGUUGGGAUUUUACCUGCCUUUGAUCGUACUCAGCGGUUGCAUAUGGCCUUUGCAAGGCAUGUCGAACGCCUUGCAGACUUUCGCCAGGCUUCUACCCGUCGCCGUGCCCAUCGAAACCCUCAUCAAAAUCACCAAAAAAGGACUAUCCGUCGACUCCUGGCAAGUGAUCCCGGGACUAGCGACGCCCGUGAUAUGGACGGUUAUAUUCGUGGUUUUGAGCAUAAUAUUUAUGAAGAGGCAACAAUGAGUAUAUUACACUGUUUUGUACGAUUAGCACGCGGGUUUGUUCCAAUAAAG